AUGGUGCCGCGGCGGCGGAGGGCGCCGCCGAACCAGCAGUGGGUUGCUAAGCAGGGGAACAGCGGCGGGCCCAUGUUCCUGGCGCGCCCCGGGCACGGCUACGCGGGGAGGUGGUGCGUCGUCAGGACCAACCACUUCCUCGUCCGCCUCGGCAACAUGGACCUCCACAUGUACGACGUAAAGCCACUUUUCCGCCCCACUCCUCGUGGGCAUCUCGCCGGAGCCAACGCAGAAGGACGUGUACAGGGAGGUCAUGUCGAGGCUGGUGUCCGAGCGCCAGCAGACCGACCUCGGCAAAAGAGAGGCCGCCUUCCCGUGUACGACGGCCGCAAGUCCCUCUUCACUGCGGGGAAGCUGCCGUUCGACACCAAGGAGUACGAAGUCACCCUCUAUGCGGACGCAAGCAAGGAGAGGAAGUGCACGGUGGCGAUCAAGCUCGCCAGGUCGAUCAGCCAGGACCAGCUGGCUAUGCUCGUGGCGGGCUAUCCCACGGACAUCUCGGCGCAGGCGUUGCAGGUCCUCGGCAUCGUGCUGCGCGAUGUCGUGCUCAACGAACACAAAGACAUGGAGUAAUUGACUUCUUGCUGUUUCACGGUACCUGGUUAUCUCAUUGUGGUCUUUAUUUGGGGUGAAAAAUGUUUGUUCGGCUGGACUGUGUGCAGGUAUGUUGCGGUUGGUCGGUCAUUCUUCUCGCAGAAAUUAGGGUGCACUAAGGAUGAUAAACUGGGUUUUGAGGUAUGGAAGGGGUUCUAUCAGAGCAUCAGGUCGACGCAGAAUGGCUUGUCUCUGGUUGUAGGUCAGAUAUCACUUCACUUCUGAAUUCAAGAUUAUUUGUUUCAAUUAUCUUCAGUAAGGUCAGAAAUGCAGAUAGGAUUCUUGGAUGGAAGACAGCAUGGGAAAUAUGAAAACGAUGUGUACUUGUAUAAAUUGGUUUCAUGGGUAAUGGGUAGCAUAGGCAAAUGAUGACUUUUGAUUAAUAAUGUGAAUCAUGAU